ACAACAACACUUGUAUGUACAGUAGAACUCAUUUGAAGGUAAGAAGUGAACUACUGGGUUUUCUGUUGAUGCUGUGAAACGCCAUGUUGAUUUUCAUGUCACUUGCUGAACUCAGGGGUGAGGAGACCAUCCCGAGUUUAGGGGGUGUUUUCUCUCUGUUUUUCUUUACGAGAAUUGCGACCUCUAGUCGAACCCAACACUACAAUUACCUGUGCAUUCUUUAAAAGAUGACCCUCUAUAUGACCGAUUACGGUAAUUGUAGUUUCCUGCCCUCUAGUGGUGGAAGAGCGGAAGGGAGCUGAGCUCCAGUGUGCAGUAAGUGGAGGUGACACUGAAGUGACUGGCGGCAUGUGAGGAACUCGUGAGACGGUGGCGGCUGGAGAACACCACAACUCCAGUAAAGUAAUGUCAGGCUGGUUAAGAGAUGGAGAGGUGCUAGAGGGUCAGGGCAGUGGCCAGUCGUCUCCUCGUAGCCCUAGAUUUAGGACCCCAACAUCAGGGAGAGGAGCAAGGCCCUCACCUAACAGUGCAGCCUUCAGGACCCCGCAGGACACAAUGAAGAAAGCCAAAGAGCUGUUUGGGCUGUGUGAUAAAGAGAACAAGGGCUUCAUCACCAAGAGAGACUUGCAGCGGUUGCAAGGAGAGGUGCCUCUGACUCCAGAGCAGCUGGAGUCCGUGUUUGAGAGCUUGGACCGUGACAGAAAUGGCUUCCUCACGCCUCUCGAGUUUCACACCGGCCUAGGUGAGCUGGUAGAAGAGUGUGAGGAGAAAGAUCCAGCAGAGCUCAGAUUCACACAGAUUCUUAUAGAGCUUGGAGCAGAUAAACUCCUGAAAGAUCAGUGGGAGCUGUGUUCCCUUUGGUGUGAUUUGCAGAAAGACAGGCCUGAGUUGUUGAAUCUGCUGGAGGAAAUCCUUUCCCACGCCGUGGCUCAUCUUCAGGAUGCGUUGAGAGAGAAGGACAAUUUGGAAGAAACUCUACGCAGACGAGAAGACGACCAUGACAGAGUGGUGCGCUCGCUUUACGAAGACCUCGAGAACCAACUCAAAGAAGAGCGAGAGAAACGAGUCACUCGGGACAGUGCGAUACAGGGGGACAAAAGAGAGCAGCUUCUGCAGGAGCUGAGGACAAGAGAGCAGGAACUAGAGUUCACACUGACCAAGCAGAGAGAGCUGGAGACUAGGAUCAAGGCUCUGUGCCAGGACCAGGCGAACACUCGGGGGCAGAACCAAAGGCUGCAGCUCGUGAACGCAGAUUUGCGGGAACAGUUGGAGGAGAGCCGGGAGGAGCUACAGAAGGCACUUAACCAGCUGCAGAUCCUGCAGGAAACACUCACGGAUCAGCAGGAGAGCAAGCAGAGGCAAGUGUUGAAAGUCUCCAGAAACAUGCAGAAAGAGAGAGAGAGCCUGAUGAGGCAGCUGGAUCUUCUCAGGGACAUGAACAAGCGUUUGCGGGAUGAGAAGGAUGCACAGCAGGAUCAGAAGAGGACACCUAAGAUGAAGAGACCUUUAGAGAAGAAAGGAUCAAUAAUCGGAGACUAUAUGCUGGCCAAGAGACCUGGCAACAGACAGGUCAGUUUUGUUGGUCAGAUGACGAAGAGCUCACCUGAUGUGAUUGCUGAGGCAGAGCUAACACUCUCAGAGAAAAAACAAAAAGCGGAUACACACAGCAAAACGGCUGGAGUAAGCGGUCCACAGCGUGUGUUUAAAGUUGUGUUUUUAGGCAGCUCAGCCGUGGGUAAGAGCUCAUUCAUCUAUCAGUACUGCAGAGGGCACUUCCCCAAUAAAAUGAGCACUACUGUAGGUAUGGAUUUCCAGGUGAGAAGUCUAGUGCUCGACUCCACCCAAAUUGCUCUCCAGCUUUGGGACACAGCAGGACAGGAGAGAUUCCACAGCAUCACGACACAGUAUUACCGUAAAGCAGAUGGGAUCCUGGUCAUGUAUGAUGUCACUCAGACAGCCUCGUUCAUGGCAGUGCGUGAUUGGCUCGACCAAGUACAGAAAAACAAGGCUGAUGGUGCAUGUGUGAUGCUGCUAGGCAACAAGAUGGAUUUGGAUAUGGAGGAUGGAGGAGGGAGACAGGUGACCACCAUGCAGGGACAGAAACUGGCUCAGGAGUACCAGGCUGAGUUCUUUGAAUGCAGUGCUAAAAGUGGCCUUAAUAUCCAAGAGGCUAUGACACAUCUGGCUAGACUGAUGGGGGCCCAGCAAGACAAACAGUGCGAGUCUGUACUUCACUCUCUAGACAGUUCAAGCCAUAGAGGGCACUGCUGCACAUAAGUGGAGACAGAGAGCAGCAUCACAUGAGGAUGAACCACUGAUAAACACCCAGUCACAUGGUCACGCCACUGCUCUGAAACUGCCUGCGGCAUAUCAGAAAGAACAUCUCACUGCUCUAAUGCAACAUGUGGAAAUUCGCCUGAACAAUCUGUGAACAUGACUUCAACUAUUUUGGACAGUGAUUCCUUAUUAUCGCAGUUUUUUUCAGUAUAUUUUGCCCAGACCAAGAAUUAUGCCAGUUUUGACCAAACACACCAAUACCUAUAUCACUAUAGUGAUAUAAGCCUGAUAUAAUGAAUCACUGUAGUGAAUGCACAUGUCUUUACUGCACUACAGCCAAUCCUUAUAUGUACACAUAAAUUAUUCACUCUGUAAAUAUUAAAUAUGAAUAUUCAGUAGGGAUGUAUAUACUUAAAACUAACAAAAGUAUGGUAUUAUUAUUGGUAUUAUUUUGGUAUCACCUUACCCUUACAUUUUACAUAUUUACUUUAAAAUAUCAGGCAGGACAAUGAGAUUUAAUGAGAUUAUUCCAGGUAGUAAUGUAAUUGCCUCUGCUGAGAAAGUAAACGAGUGUGAUGCAGUCACGGUAAUCACUACUGCACUUAAAGUUGCAAUAGCCGUUUUUUUUUUCUUUCUUCCUUACUUCUAACUUACAAAUAACCUGGAAGAUAUGUAGAACAUAAUAAUCAAAAAUCCAAUGGGUUAAGUCAUUGCCUCAGCAGUCUAUUAAGUCUAUUAGUUAAGUCUAUUAAGGCACUGAGAAAACCCGUUUGGAAAACUGACUUCCGGCCCUGAAUGCUCGUUUGUGUUUGUAUAUACUUCCUGUCAGUCAUGUUGUAGGAAUUAUAUGGGCUUUGUGAACAUAGGCAAGAAUCAUUUAAAGUCCUCGUGAAGUGCCUUGAAACAUAUAGCGUUAUUCGAUGUGUUGACUAUGUGUUGAUGUGUUCAUAUCAUUUCCACUGAAACAAGAAGUCAGGGCGGGACAUCGAGUGGCUCCUCCACCCUUUUCAUAGCCAAUAGUGUUUAGCUUACCUCCUAGCCUGGGCUACGAAGCCGUACUUGACAUUCAGUACCAUGGAUUUUUAUAAUGUUGCGGGCGGGACACUUCAGAUUCUAGAGCGCAUUCGAUCCCACAUAAAGUCUGAUGAGAAGCUGAAGAAGUGCAGGAUGAUGUCAUCAAAACUGGUGUAUUGGUGGUAGACAGAGACUGUACGUUUUCAAUGCAUAUAUCUUCUAAAUGCGAAUUCUGUCAUUGUUUUGCAUUGGAUCUUAUAAAUAACCUUAAGCCACAAAACAUAGACACCUAAUCUUGAAAAAAGAGAGAGAUUAAUCUUACCUAAUGUACAUUUUAAAAUCAUUCUAAACAUUUCUCUUGUUUGCUUUCAACAUGUUUACUACUGAAAAAGAUUAAUGUCUAUCAUGAAUGGUAUUUUCUAAUGCUGUGACUAAUAUAAAUGGGAAGGAGUAUAAAAUAAAUGAAUAAAAUUGAACCCAACAUGCAAAGACAUGGUAGACUCGCUAAAGCUGUCUGUCUUUUUGUUACCUUUUGGUUUGAUAUGUUUA